UUAGUAGAAGAGAGCUCGAGGCGCUGCAGGCUGAGCUGGCCAGGCUGAGGCGGGAGGCAUCCUGCCGUAGCACUCCUGCAUCGGUAGAGCUCCGUCUUCGGCCACGAGUGUCUGUGGUGAUCAAGUAUGGCGACAUUUGCGAAUGGAACUGGGCUCAAGUGCUGCCUGUUCUGUACCCACCCACGACCUACCAGGAUGCGGAUCUUUUGUUGGCGACCUUGCAGGAGCAGAUAGAUGUGUUGGAAGGCCUCACUCAUGCGAAGAGGCGGGGAGUCUUCUGGAAUUGGGUGCAGAGAGCGGAGGAAGAAGGCAUCGUCCGCUACGAUGACGGCGCUGGAACGCUCACUCGUGUCACGGCGGACCGGCCGGGCUGCACAGUCAGGCCCAUCCAUCUCCCGGAGGUUUCGGAGAUCCCCACCCGCCCACCCGAUCGCACGGCAUCGAUCCCGGGCGCGUCUGCUGAGUGUGCGGGGGGUGCGGCCGCACGCGGAAGGGCUGCUGCACGCGAGAGGGGCACACGAGAGGUCGGCCGAGAAGCGGAAGCACACCAACAGCACCGGCCAGAGGUGAUGCACCCGCAGCAACAGCCUCGCCCACAGAUUCCCCGACUCGUAUCGGUUGACCCGAGAACCGCAGGGCAGCCAGGGCAGAGUGCACCGUCGGCUCAGCAAAACCAUCCACAUAAUGCACCCAAUGAGGACCACCACCCACCCCUCCGCAUCCUGCAGCGAACAUCUGCCGAGGGGCAAGACCGCCAAGUCCCCUUCACCGCAGUGCGACACAUCGAGGCUCCACCCGUCGUCGCAGCGUCCAACCAGCAAGCCCACCACACCAACCAGCCGACACGCG